AUGGGUAAAGGAUUGAGCUUUUUGCUACUAGCCCUUUUUCUCUGCCAUGCGUUGACAGUGACAACUGGGUACGAAGGCGAGAAACAAUGGCGGAAAGAAAGAGAAAGGGAGGAAAGUGAACAAGAAGAAGAAGAAGGUGGUCGACGCACCGAUGACAUCUUCUUAAUGCGAAGAUCAACACGUGUGAUUCGAACCGAUGCCGGAGAAAUGAGGGUGGUGAGAAGCCCCGGAGGGAGGAUUAUGGAGAAACCACUGCACAUUGGGUUCAUUACCAUGGAGCCUCAGUCGCUUUUCAUUCCCCAGUAUCUCGAUUCCAGUUUGAUCCUCUUCGUUCGUACAGGAGAAGCCAGGGUUGGCUGCAUUUACGAGGACGAGAUGGUCGAAAGGCGACUGAAUAUCGGCGAUGUGUUUCCAAUCCCUGCUGGUUCAGCGUUCUACAUUUUGAACCCUGGUGAAGGGCAAAGGCUUCACAUUAUCUGCAGUAUUGAUCCAUACGAGAGUUUGAAUUUAGAUACUUUCCAGUCUUUCUUCAUCGGCGGUGGAGCGUAUCCGGCGUCUGUCCUUGCUGGUUUUAGCCCCGAAACUCUUUCUUCAGCCUUCAAUGUCUCGGUGUCGAGAUUGACGGAAUUUUUGAGCAGGCAAAAAGAUGGGCCAAUUGUGCAUGUUGCGCCAUCUCAUGCACCGAGCAUUUGGACCAAGUUUUCUCAACUUAAAGAGGAAGAUAGACUGAAGAAAGUGAAGAGAAUGGUCCUAGGAGAAGUUGAGCAAGUGAAAGAAUGGUCGUGGUGGAAUCUCUUUGGCAUGUUAUCUGGGAAUGAAGAAAAUUUGUUUAAGGAUAAAGCACCGGAUUCAUACAACAUCUACAAGAGAAGCCCCGAUUUCCGGAACAACUACGGGUGGAGCGUCGCGGUCGAUGGUUCGGUUUACAAGCCUCUCAAAGACCAUGGCACUAGCAUUUACCUUGUCAAUCUCACAGCGGGAUCAAUGAUGGCACCACAUGUGAAUCCAAGAGCAACAGAGUAUGGCAUUGUGUUAAGGGGAAGUGGUAGGAUCCUGAUUGUGUUUCCAAAUGGGACUUUAGCCAUGGAUACCAAGGUAAGAGAAGGGGAUGUGUUUUGGGUACCAAGGUACUUUGCUUUCUGUCAACUAGCAUCACGAUCGAGCCCGUUCGAGUUCUUCGGGUUCACGACAUCGUCGCACAAGAACAUGCCUCAGUUCCUUGUGGGUGCGAACUCCCUUCUUCACACUUUCAACACACCGGAGCUCGCGGCUGCGUUCGGCGUAUCGGAGGAGAGGAUGAGGCGUUUCAUCAAUGCACAGAAUGAAGCUGUGAUACUCCCGGCAGCACCUGGCGGCGGUGAUGAGGACGAGGAUGUGAAGAGGGCGGUCAAGUUCCGCAAUGGUAUGACAAUGGGGUUUGAUUAA